AUGGAGGAGACCUCGAGGUUUUACCGGCACGUCCACCGAGUCCAGAUGCGUAUUUUAGUAUUCGCCGGCCUCGUGGCCCCCGAGACCGGCGCCUUGAAUCCCCUCGCCACGAGCGUCUACGUGAACCUGGCCUUCGCCACGGUCAGCAGCGUCUACAUCUACACCUUCGUCCAGGACUGCCUCGACGCGCGCUUCAAUCCCGGGAUCACCUCCGAGCUUUUUUCCUUCGUCGGCUUCCACCUGCGCUUCGUUUACAUCCUCAGCCGGAGGGACAAGCUCGGCCGGAUGCUCGAGUACGUCGAGGGUCUCUGGCGGGGGGUGACGAGCGAAGAGAAGAUCCACGUGCGCCGGUUUGUGCGCAAAGCCAGCAGGUUGAGCGUUUGCUACUCUGGUAUCAUCCUGACGACGAUAACCCUGUACGUGUUGUCGAGCCAGUUGCCUCAAUGGACGGCGGGGUCGAGCAACGCUACGGUCCAUCGAGUGCUGCCCUAUCCCUUUUACGUCGAUGUCCAGAGCAGCCCCCAGUACGAGAUCCUACUGGGCGCGCAGAUAGUGUGCCUCCUCACGGUCACGCAGACGAGCAUCUGCGUGGACAUGGCCGUGGCUUUCCUCAUAAUGAUCGCCUGCGGUCACUUUCGGCUGAUCCAAGUGCGGUUGGAGCGCGUCGCUCGGAUGAUCGAUGAGAGCCAGCCGGACGAGCUCGAGAACAACGCCAAAGACAUCAGGGAUCACGUCAAAAAUUGCGUGGCCUACCAUUGCGAGAUCAUCGGGUUUUGCGGGGAAAUAGCCACCCUGUCCAGCGAGAUUUUCAUCGUCGAGCUCAUCAGCACCACCUACAACCUCUCCCUCAUCGGUAUACUGCUGGCUGGGAGCAUGCCCUUUGCCGAGAAAUUCAAGUUCGCCCCGGUGCUGUUCAUCUUGGCGACUCAGCUGUUUGUUUGCCAGUACCCGCCCGACCUGUUGCUUCAAGAGAGCGCAGGUGUGGCUGACGCGGCGUACUUCGUGCCACCGUUGAGGCGCGACAGGUUCAGGAUCGACACUCUCCUGCUCGCUCUGUUGAGGAGGUCGCAGAUACCGUAUCAACUGCUAGCCGGUGGACAGAUCAAGCUCAACAUCGAGUCCUUCGGAAACAUGAUUAGAGGGGCAGUGUCGUUUUUCACGGUGCUCAGGAACUUUAAUUAG